UGCCCAAUGUCCCACCGAGUAGGCUGAGCCACGUGUACGCGUUAAGCAAUUUCCUUACUUGUUCUCAAACGUCCAGUUAUUUGUGUUUGAUCUAAACACACAUCAGCACCAUGGUGAAAUUAGCAAAGGCAGCAAACAAGCAGGCAACUCAGAAGAAAAAAGCCCCUCCACCCCCCAAAGAAGUGGAGGAGGAAUCUAGUGAAGAGGAGAGCAGUGAGGAAGACGUGACUCCACCUCCUAAAGUGGUGAAGAAAGCUACACCAGCUAAAGCUACCCCAGCGAAAGCUACCCCAGCGAAAGCCACACCAGCGAGAGCUACCCCAGCGAAAGCUACCCCCGUCGUUAAAAAUGGUGCUGCCGCCAAAAAAGCAGAAAGUGAGGAGGAUGGUGAUUCUGAUGAGGAGUCAGAGGAAGAAACUCCACCACCAAAAAAGACUCCUGCAAAGGGUAAACCAGCCAAGGCAGCUCCUGCAAAGGUAGAGGAGUCAGAUGACGAAGAUGAGGACGAUGAUGAAUCUGAAGAAGAGGCUCCACCACCCAAGAAAGCAGCUAAACCUGCAGCCAAGGCCCCAGUGAAGGCUAAACCGGCAAAGGAAUCCUCUGAGGAAGAUGAAUCUGAAGAAGAGGCCCCACCUCCUAAGAAGAAGGCCACUCCAGCCAAACCAGCUGCCAAAAAAGCUGCAAAGGCGGCCAAAGAGGAAUCUGACGACGAUGAUGAUGAUGAAGAUGAAUCUGAGGAAGAAAUGGACACCACUCCUGCGCCAGCAAAGGCGAAGAAAGCAGGCAUGGUCAAGGCCAAGGAAGACUCUGAGGAGGAGGAGGAAGAUGACGAUGAGGAGGAGGAGGAUGAUGACGACGAUGAUGAUGAAGAGGAAGCCCCUGUAAUAUCUGGAAAGAGGAAGGCUGAUAACAAGAAGGACUCCCCUGCUGCAAAGAAAGCAAAGGCAGAAGGCGAAGGGUUCUGUCUAUUUGUUGGAAAUUUGAACUCCAACAAAGACUUUGAUGAAAUCAAAGACGCCAUGAAGAAAUUCUUCACUAAGAACGGCCUUGAGGUCGUUGAUGUCCGGUUGGGUGGAUCGAAGAAAUUUGGUUAUGUGGAAUUUUCAUCUGAGGAGGACAUGCAGAAAGCAAUGGAGCUCAAUGGCAAGAAGUUCAUGGGUCAGGAGUUGAAGUUGGACAGGGCCCGAAGCAAGGAUAGCUCACAGGAAGGCAAGAAAGAGAGGGAUGCACGGACCCUGUUUGUGAAAAACCUUCCUUUCUCUGCCACGGCUGAAGACUUGAAGGAAGUCUUUGAAGAUGCCGUGGAUGUCAGGUUACCUCCAGGCCAGAACGGUUCAAAUAGGGGCAUUGCCUACAUCGAGUUCAAAACUGAGGCUGAAGCAGAGAAGAUGCUGGAAGAGGCUCAGGGAGCUGAUGUACAGGGGAGGUCCAUCAUGGUUGACUACGUUGGAGAUAAGAGCCAGAAGGGGCCCACAACACCAGUGGCAGGAGCAGCCAGUAAAACCCUUGUGGUGAAUAAUCUAUCCUUCACUGCCACCGAGGAAGCUCUACAAGCCACAUUUGAGAAGGCUGUCUCCAUUAGGAUUCCACAGAGAGAUGGCAGACCUAAAGGUUUUGCUUUUCUAGAGUUUGAGACUACAGAGGAGGCUACCGAUGCUCUGGAAAACCUCAACAACACAGAUAUUGAUGGCCGGUCGGUCCGACUGGAGUACAGUCAGAACAGUGGCAGAGACGGGGCCAGAGGAAACGCGGGUCCAACAAAAACCCUCUUUGUCAAGGGUCUCUCCGAGGACACUGUCGAUCAGACCCUCAAGGAUGCGUUUGAUGGCGCUGCAGCAGCCAGAAUAGUCACAGACAGAGAGACGGGGUCAUCAAAAGGUUUUGGUUUUGUGGACUUUAACAGUGAGGAUGACUGCAAGGCAGCCAAGGAGGCCAUGGAUGACGGUGAAAUUGAUGGCAGAAAGGUAACCCUGGACUAUGCCAGGCCCAAGGGUGAAAGUGGCUUCCGUGGAGGUCGCGGCGGCGGUGGAUUUGGCGGAGGGGGCCGUGGCGGCAGAGGAGGUCGCGGCGGCUUCGGUGGCGGAGGCUUCGGUGGUCGUGGUGGCGGCGGCGGCGGCGGCAGAGGAAGAGGAGCUCCCCGUGGAGGUGGAGGACGUGGUGGGCGUGGUAGCUUUGGAGGUGGAAGAGGAGGCGGUGGAUUUGGAGCCAAACCCCAGGGGAAGAAAACUAAGUUUGAUGACUAAAUCCAUAGUCUAUUUUACUUUUUGAAUGGACUCUGGUUUCAUCACUUUUCAGAGCUUUUGGACAUUCCAGAAAGCGUCAUUGAUAUAUAUUUAAUUGUUAACGGGUAUUUUAGCCCUUUAUUUAGAACCCUCAAACCUUUCCCCACCCUUGUGUGCCAUAAUGGUACUUUUGACCUUCUCAGCGUCAGAGCUUUGUGAGUACUGAAUGUCCCGAAUGCAAACAUGCGCCUCUCGCCCUCAUUAUCUUACUUGUUUUUCCGAAGGAGUAAAAUGGAACGGGUCUGGCAAACAAGUUUGCUGUGAAAAAUACGCUCGUCUUUGUCAGAUACAUUGUGUAAAUUUCAACAGUUUGUAUGAUUUCAUUUUACCUUUUGUAAAAAACAAAACAAAAAAGUUUCACUUGUAUCCAUAUGUUUUUUAUUUUGGCAUUUAGUUUGCUUUUGUUGCCACGUUUUACUGUAAUGUGCAAAAGCAUAUUUUGAUAGCAGAUUUGAGUCGGUUCUCAAGAGUUGGUUAAGAAAAAUGGCAACAGUGUUCUGUUGAGUCAGAGGAUGGAAUGCCUCUGGCUUGUCUUUGUAACAUAAAAUAUUUGUAGUG